AUGGACGACAUCCCUGUGCUGGGCGCGUUGUCCAGUCUGGAAGACGAGAUGGGGCCAGACCUGUUCGGUGCCAACAGUCAGUUCACGUCUGAGAACGUGGUCCUGAAGGCCCCAGAGGCCAUCAAACUCGAGGAGGACGAGUUCCACGUGUUCAAAGACCCCUACCUGAGCGACUCCGAGGCCAAAGAGCCCCCGCUGCGGGCUCUGCACGCCCCGCUGGGUGCCGACAGCAAGGGCGCAGUCAAGGUGGAACUCCAUGGGGCGGAGCCUGACGACCAGAAGGUCCUUGUUGAGCACCCGGGCCUCCCCGAGCUCAGCCCGGUGGAGGACACGCUGCUCCCGCGGGCCCCGCCAGCCGCCUACAACGUGCACUUCCUGUCUUCCCUGCUGGCCCAGCACAGGAGUUCCAGCAUUGUGCCCCUGGGCGCCUGGCCCAGGGAAGGGGCCCCCCACUCCGGCCUCCGUGUGAUUCCA